AUGGUCGUGUCAACGAUCUCGGCGCCACUUAUGGGCAAGACUGCCAUCAUCACAAGAGGAAGCAAAGGAAUCGUCGAAUCAACUGGCUCCCAAUUUGUCCGCAAAGGCUAUACCGCCAUCGCAAUCACCUCCCUCCAAGACGACACCGCCGCGAACUCAGUGCUCUUACGACUCCGCGAUAUCGACUCCAUUAUCACCACAGCCGCCAUCAAAGGCGACUGCUGCGACGGCAACUUCAGCAGGCAAGUCCAUGUAGGACAGUCUCCAUGGCCUAAAAACCGAGUAUAUCCACACCUCGUCUCCAACGCCAGUCUACGGGACAUCAACGCCUUCAAACCUGUCGAUCAAACCCAAUAG